AUGUGCGAUGUAGUAACGGAUGAACGAUUGCGAGGGACGUACCAGCAACAAGAGAAGGUAUCGAUAGAUUCGAUUUCGGGGGUAGUGAAGGAUGACAGUCAAUUCGCUUGGCGGCCUGCGUCGUUUAUCAUUCUAAAUGGUGAUACUUAUGCUGCUGUUAUCUUAUUCGCCCAGUUUAUUGUCCAGCGGCAGACAGACAGACAGUACACGCCAGUAUCCAGACUGCGUUGUUGGCGAGCAGCAGAGAUGGAGAGAUAUGUCCCAAAAAGGGAAUACGUCGGGAGGGGCAACGACACUCAGUGUCAACACGAUGGAUGCCCGCAACGACUCGCACGAAUAUUCAAGGUAGUAUACUACCAGACAGCAAACCUGGCCAGUUCAUUCAAGGCGAGGGAUUAA